GAUGAAGGUAUAUGUAUUUUUAUCUGCCCCCUUCCCUACCCAAUUUCUUUCACAGGUCGAUUCUGCACAUACACACACAAAACUGCCUCAGGAAUCUACGGGCUUGUAUCGCUGACCGCGCGUCAUAUAUGCCGUUAUGUGAAUAUGAGCUAGGUUGUUAAUCCUCCACUCCAAGCCGCAGUACAUACACCCAUAAACGUACAUUCAUAUCGUCGGUGUCUCACAAGACACAAAAAAUGUCUAUAUUUUUCCAAAAAAAUGAGAGUACAGGGUUCUCGUCUGACACCACAAUUAUGUGUAUGCAUGUGUGUAUGUAUCCUGGCCUCUGCUUUCUGUACACAAGGACGAAUUGCGAAGGCACUGGAAGCAGCCAUGCACUCUGUUGUGGAGACAGAUUCGUACGGUAACGAUGGCAGCCACACACCCAGUUAAAGGGGAGAAAGAAGCUGUCAGGUCACGGGGCGAAGAACGUCAAUAAACAAUUCUGUUUAUUUCAUCUUUCAAAGGAGCUUCCUCUUCUUCUUCGUUCACGUUUAGCAUUAAAUAUUAGUAAAUUAUUCAAUAUCACUGAAUUUCCGUCCUUCUUAAAUUUAACGCUUUUACCUAUCGUUUUAUUCUGUUCGACUUGGAAACGGAAACUUGCAAUUCGAACAAAAUUUAUAUACCUCGCAUUUGAGGGUCACAAAAAUAACUGGCUUGGCCGAUAACCACGUGUGUUCGUGGAAUAAGUAAAAUAAAUAAAUUUCAGCCAAACAAGGAAAAUAAUUCUGCGACAUUUUCCUUCAAACGGAAGAAUUAUUCUAACCCAGUGCCGUCCAUGUGUCAUUUCAUGUCCUAACACAUGGUGGCGAUCACAGAACUAACUGCUAGGGAUGGCCACACGCUCAUAGCACGCCGUGUUUGGACCUGUGACGAAUGUAAGCAUGAGCGUGAGCAAUGAAGUCCUUUGGGUGCAAACAAUGCCGCCAAUACAUACGAGCUGCUCCAAAAUACGACAUUUUCAGCAGGGAGGGAUUGUCACCCUGUUCUCAUGUCCUCUUCUGGGUCUCUGCGAGAUAGCAGCGGGUAUAUAAACCCCCAAGGCUGAAGAGAGAGGACAGAGACUAGCGUUUGGAAGACCGACGAGAAUAAAAAGGCGACAUCGAAGCAAUAGAAUCAAGACAGCGAGAAAACCAACACCUGUUUUACAAAACACCUGUAGCGCAAAUCCUGCUUCCAAAAAUGGCCGUAGUGCUGAAACCCUGGACCGUCCUUGUUGCCCUUGUCCUGUGCUUGUUGGUGUGUUUGGGCACCUUCGUUGAUGCCUACCCGCCCAAACCGGAGAACCCCGGAGAGGACGCUUCCCCCGAGGAGCAGGCUAAAUAUUACACUGCGCUCAGACACUACAUCAACCUCAUCACGAGACAGAGGUAUGGCAAGAGGUCCUCCCCUGAGGGAGUGAUGUCAGAGCUGCUGUUCGGAGACAACUCAGAGCACAACCAGAGAUCAAGAUACGACGACUCCUACAUGUGGUGAUCCCCGUCCUGCCCCCACAACACCCCCCCAAACCCCCCCACCCCGAUCCAGCAUUCUGUUCCUGGUGACCCCUGUGCUGAGGGAGUCCACAGGUCGCCCCUGGCAACAGCUCCCGCUCAGCCAAAUGACCAUCAACGGACCAAGGCCUGCCACUCGACGCAUGCAACCUCUCUUCUCUCUCUCGUUCUCUCCUUGGCCCCGCCCUCUCUCCUGCCUUCUCUCCAAUCACUCUGCUUCCUCUCACACAAAGAUAAUUGUACAUAAUUUAUUACUGAGUAAUGAUAGAAAACUAAAUUGAAAAAAGAUGAAAUCUUCUGUUUAAAAAACACCAUGUCAAAAUAAGAAUAUUCUUUUUGUUUGUACUGUAUAAAUGCUUGUGUGCAAUUAAAGUCUGAUGGAUGAUUCAGA